UAGCAAUAACUAUAAUUAUAACUGAAUUUUUAAUAACUUCCUACUGUAUACACAGAUAAAAUAGCACAAGAUGAUUCACAAACGAUUCAAAUCGAUGGAAGCAAGGCAUAAUGUCAUAAAUUGGCAUAGUAAAUACAUGUUACGAGUAUCAAUGAUAUAAUUGAUUCAUUCGGAAAUGUACUUAACAGUAAUAUCAGUGUAAUUACUUCUAUUGUUAGUAAUUAAUUGUUUUAUGGACUUACUGAGGAUUAUUGUGGUUAUUACAUGUUUACUGAAGAAAAUGAUCAGAAAUAACAAUUGAAUUUUUGUUAAGAAAAAGUACUUAGUUCGUAUUAAAACUGAUUGAACACUGUUUUAUGGGAUCAUUUGUUUACUGAAUGUGUCAAACAUGUAAGUUAUGAUAAUAACAGUUUGUAUUAUUAUCACUGUUCAAUGAUCAAGUAGCUAUCGGCUUGGAAUUAGAAUCGGGUCAUGACUUGUAUAAUAAAAUAAUUAAAGCGUCAGCUUAAUUAUACUAUGGUUAUGGAAAUCUAUCCUUGUUUAUAAAAACAAUCAAAGGGAUAUUCGCUAUUCAAUAGUCGUAAAUCAAGAGCGAUCAGUAAGUACAAUAAGAAGACGAAGAUUAUCAGAUUACAUUAAUUUAAAUUUAUCAAAGGGACUGAUUGCUUUAAAUCAAAAAGAUAAUUAACUUACAAAAGUGAAAAAAGCACCACUAAGAUAAAAUGCUUGAAGAACUAAAUAUUGGUGAUUUAAAUGAUGUGCAUAAUGAUAAUAAAACAGGAAAAUGGACUUCAUCCAAUGAUCGGAGUAGAUUAUCACGUUAUCGUGAAAGUUAUUGUUCUGAUGUGGAUUUACUGCCCUCACUGUGCACAAAAGUAACAGUUGAUAUUCAUCAAGAUAAUAUUAAUAAUAGUGAUUUUAUUCACUUAGCUCGGAAAAAUUGUGAACCAUUAAGAAAUAGUGAUGGAGAUAACGUUAAGGUAGUUAACAACAAUAGCGGCAGUGAUGAUAAGAGUGAUGAUGAUUAUAAUGAUGAAGAGAAUCUUAUGAGCUGGUUACUGAAACAGUUUAGGGAGAAUGGUUUAGAUUACAAUGACAAUAACUUAAAAAAUGAUGACUUAGAGAAAAUCGAUGCAUUUAAUUAUGUGAAGCGAUUAAAUCACAAAACAUCAACUAUCCCACAUAAUCUACCAAUAGAUGAUUCUAAUUCAUCUAUUUCAAGUUAUCAAGCUACAAUCGAUUCAAAGAAAUCAAAAACACAAAAUGAGCACUUAUUGAGUAAUAAUAAUAAUAAUUUUUGUAAAGAACAAUUUGGUCAUAAACAAUAUCAUCAUUUUCCUCGCAUGUAUCCACCUGUCAGAGAUUCAUCAGUCGAGUCUAGAAAGUUGUGCCAAAGGAAUAAAUCAAACAAUUCAAUAAUAACAACAGCAACAACAACAAUAACAACUAACCCACCUAUAGAAUCAGUGAAUUCAACUAUGCUAAAAACAAUAAACAAUACAAAACAUCAAUGUCAACUUAUCAAUGGUUUAUUUCAUCAAAUAACUAAAAAGUUGACUUGUUUACAUGAAUUCGACAAGCAAGUUAUUAAUGAACUUCAAAAUGCUAGCCAAAUCAUAAGUGAUUUACAAAAAACAAUAAAAUUUUCUGAAUCUUCAUUAUUGAACUCAUUACAUUAUCAAUUAAAUGAACAUUUUUGUCAACCUAAAAUAUUUAAAACAGAAUUUUAUAAAACUACAAAUAAUUUUAAAAAGAAAACUGGAAUAAAAGAUUUUUCUAAAAAGAAAAUUUAUAAUUUAGAUGAAAAUUUGAAAAGACCAAUUAUAGAUGAACAACAAUCAUAUCUAGUAUAUAGUUCAGAAUUAGAUUGUCGAUCACCUACGGAAAAGAAUCCAAUUAAACAGGAUGACUGGAAAAGUCCUAUUACAGAGAAAAAUAAACGUCAUUCAACACAAAGAAAAUUCACAGAAUCACCAUGGGGACCAGUAUCAGUUCAACAAGCAAAAAAAUUAACAAACGACUUUGAUCAAUGCCCGAAAGUCAUUGGUCAAAUCAAUAACAAUCGUAAAAAUAAUCACCUUAUAACAAAUGAUAAUUAUUCGAAAUGGUUAAAAUCUUCGAAAUCUUCAAUGAGUAAUAAUAAUUUAGAUAAAUUGAAUGAAUCUAUUUAUCAAACUAAUGAUGUAACUGAUAAAAAGUAUAAUUUGUCAAAUGAACGAUAUUUUAGCCAAUUAACUUUACCAAUCUAUUCAACUUUUUCCAGUACUAAAGCAAAUACAGUCUAUUUGAAUACAUCUAAAGAAUUUAAUGUUUCAGAGAGUAAUUCAAACAAAUUCAUCACAACCAAAGGUAUUCAAUCUUUGUUUAGAUUACCAUUUAAAAGAAAAGCAAGUACCCCUGGACCGAAUAUUCAAUUUGUAGAACACCCAUUAAAAUCUCAUGGACGUUCGGCUAGUUUAGCUCAAUUGAAUACAUCAAGUGAAAAUCCAUCUGUUAUGUCUGUAUCAAAUGAUCAAUUGAAUAAAAGUACUAAUAAAUUAAACGUACCAUAUAUUAAACCUUUACUACUUAAAGAAUUGUCGAAAAUUUGAAAUUGAGAAACCAUUGAAAUGACCAUAUUUUUAUUUUUAAAAAUAUUUUAAAAAUCUUAAAAAUCCUUAAAUAAAAUCACUUGUGACUUUCUGCUUUAUAAUCUGCGUUCAAUAUAAUGCUGCUAAUAAAUAUUUUGUCCGUAAGAAUAUAAUCAACAAAACUAAAGUUUUUCAUUAAAAUAUUUUGAUUGCAUAGUGAUAACAUCUCUGACUAUGAAGUUAGGUGACACAGGAUCGAAUUCGUCAGGAAGCAUCAGUUCCCUCAAGAUUACAGCUUAACUGAAAAUAGAAUCGCUUUUCAUUGUUUUACGGAACCGUCCAGCGUGCGUUCUACGUAGUAUUUUCGAUAUGUCGAAUCGAAGAUGAGUUCUGUUUGAGAGAUAUCAACUAAAUGUACCUGCGUUCCAAUGCUGGGACUUGAACCUACUACAUUCCUCUUCGAAUGCGAUAAGUAGACAACUUGCUGGAUACUGGAAUUUUAUUGCCCAGGAUUGGUGAUUUCACUCGCCAUAUGAAGAUCAUUCUGAUCAGACAGGAUAAAGAUACGAGAUCACAAUUUUUUUAUUCAUUGUGAUUGUUGCUAAAUGUUACUUCCCUUUUUAAUCUGGUGUGAUUACUGCUCAAAAUAACAUUCUUUUUUUAUAUUUUCAGUUUAGUAAUUUACUCAACGAAAGAUUGGUUUUAUUUUUAAUAUGAUCUUUAUCCAGCAUGACUUUAUUGGUAUCAAAUUAACGUGAACCAUGUUCAGCAUAAAAUGCAGCUUGUGAUUUAGUUAUAGCUCUGGGCAUUUUUCGAAUAUGCAACUUUUCUUUAAUUAUUAAUCAAGUGAAUGCACAAGUCAAUAAAUAAAUGAGCG